AUGUCAAAAAAUUUUAGCGAAGAAGAAAUCGACAAUUUUCGGCAAUGCUUUCAAUUAUUUGCUCCACAAGGUUAUGUAGACACGCCAGAUAAAUUAUGUUUCAUAAUGCGAUCAUUGAGUAUGGCUCCAACAUUGGUAGAACUUAAACGAUACUUUACUAAAUACAAAAAAGAUGCUGGUGUUGUCGAAUUUGAUGAUUUCUUGAAAAUUAUUUUGGAACACCGAUCAGUAGAAAAUACUUCAAAUGAGAUAAUGGCUGCUUUUCAACUGUAUGAUACAAAAAAACAUGGUUAUAUUGACGCUAAACAGUUGAGAUAUAUUUUAACUCAUACAGGAGAAAAAAUGACCGAUCGAGAUGUCGAUCUGAUCUUACGUGAAUUAAAUGUUACUUCGGAUGGUCGUGUUGUUUAUAAAAAUCUUGUUCAAAUGCUGGCUCAACCACUGGCCGGACAUCGUUAG